AUGGUUGCUGAGAAGGCAGACCUUCCAGUGCCUUCUGAGAUCUGCAAAACUGAAGAAGAUCUUGAUUUAGACGAUCUGAUCAUAAAUGAGAUGCCAAAAACAGAAGGUCCUGAAUUAAUCAACUCAACAACUGAUUAAUCACAAAAACUUAAUGAUCUUGCCAGUCCCAGAAGGAAAUUAGUUACUUUUGAUUGA